UGACGUGGACGUGGCUGGAGAAAACAGUAACCGUCGGCAAACUUUGUGCUUCUUAACUUCACAGAUACAGAGAACGACGAUGGCAACGAGAAAUGCUAAUGAUGUUGCUACAUCCAUUUGCAGCGUUUGUCUGGAGCCGUACAAGGGACGUAAUCCUAAGCUUUUGCCCUGUUUUCACACACUUUGCCUCCCCUGUUUGAAAGACUUGGAACAGCACAGCCUGCAGGCUUUAUCAGACACAAAAGGAAACCAAGAUGACGACAGAGACAUCCACCUUUGACCUUUCCAUGUCCUACGUGUAGAGCAGUUAUCACGGUUCCCCCUGGUGGCGUCAUCCAGUUCCAGACUAAUUUCUACUUGAAUGAUGACACACUCACCUGUCAGAUAUGCGAUCUAGGUAACGAGGCCACGUACAACUGUUCUGAGUGCAGCCAACAUAUGUGCGAUCACUGCAAGCGGUACCACAACAAAUUUCUUCCAAUUCACCAGGUGCAGCCUCUGACCUUUAGUUACCAGCAAACAUCUCAAAUUAGCUUUGAGCCUGUAAAGGAGGGUACCAUCACACAACAACUCGCGGUGUUGGAGGCGGCGCUGGUGACGAUGAGGGAGGAGGAGGACACGCUGCAGAGGGAGAGGAAGGCGGUGGCUGACGUCAUCAGCAGGCGGGCCGACGCCAUGAGGGCGCUAGUAACGCAGGCGGAGGAGAAGAGUCAAAGGGCGGUCACUGAAAAAGCCGAUAAUAUGAGUAAACAGAUACAAAAUAAGAUGACUACUGCUCGCCAGAAGUACGCCAUGAUUGUAACACCACAAGUCCUUAUUCAUGGACAUCCCACGUUACUUAGUGAUGAGGAUUUUGAAUAUUACCAGCAGCAGAGCCGAAGACGAGAAGUGAAGACUCUACUGCACCAGUUCAACGACUCUGCCAUUGACCUACAGGCCGUAGAAGCCUACAUAGGUACGGUGUGUGAUGACCAACUGGCCGCAGUGGAGACUAGCUUACCUGUGGCAACUGACGUCAGCCAUGGAACCAUGACAGACAUGUCAGACUAUAAAUCUGCUACGUCACAAACGUCAGACAUCACAAAACUUACACGUGACAUUUCACACAUUGAGGAUAAGAUAGCAGCACUAGAUGCACGCACACAAAACUUGGAGAGUCAGAAUCAAACCAAUGUUUCCUUCUUGAAAGAUGAAGACUUCAAGUUACAACAAAAUGUUGCAGCUUUUCAGCAAAAUAUGGAUGAUUGUACAAGAAACAUUUCAAAUAUUCAAAACGACAUAGUCAGCAUGCGUCAGGUGAUUGGAACAAUGAAAGUUCCUAACUCUACUUUACAGAAUGAUGUUGAUAUCAUUAAGCAGGAAUCUUCGAGCAACAAAAUCGAAACCCAAAAAGUGAAAGAUGUCGCUAACGACUUGAGUACAGAACUCAAGACUUUUAAAGAAAAAUCCAGCAUCAUGGUGGCAGUUAACGCCAGACUCCAAGAAGGAAAACAACUAAAGGGAUUAUCGCGAUCAGAUGUUCUGGUCUUAAGCGACGUUACCUGCAACGUGGGGCAGGCCUACAACAACAAGACAGGCAUCUUCGUCGCUCCUUUCACAGGAAUCUACUUCUUCAUGGCCAGAGCAAUGAGCACCAAGGGGUCAGAAAGGUUUUCUCUUGAUAUAUUAGUAAAUAAUACUCGCGUUGCUGACUCAUUGUCCACAGACGCCAUUUUGAAGUCUGGGAUGAGCUGUACUGUGCACCUAGUUCAGAGACUAAUUCAAGGACAGGAGGUGUCAGUGACAGCAGGGACACAUUUGCCUUCCUCCUCUGCUUCGUUGAGAUCUGGUGAAACGUCCUUUACGGGAGUGUUAGUGCAACAAGAGUUUGGCGUCGUUUGGUCGUAGCACUCCCCUCAUCCUCAUCCUCACCCUUAUCAUCAUCAUCAUCAUCAUCAAUCAUCAUCAUUAUUGAUCAUUAUUUAAAUAACGUACACAGCAAUUAACCUUGGCAAAAAUGCUCAAUAGUAUUUUAACGAAACAUGUGAUCUACGUAUUUUAGAGCUUUGUUUCUAGAUGAAGUAGUUGUAACAAUUAAUUUGUUUUAUUACUAUCACACCUUUAUUGGAUGUUUUAUACACACAAAAGCAAAAGCAGAUCAUAUUAUUGUUAGUCAUAAGUUUGGUAGAAGUAAAGGUAUCUUGCUAAAACAACCAUGAUAAACAACUAACGAUCUGCAAAACAUAAUCAUGAAAAUGUUGUGUGUGGCAAGCGUGUUUGUGAUGGAGAAUGGUGUAUCCACGCCAAAUAGGCUUCAAGGGACCGCUUUCUACAUUGUUGUUUUAUUCUUAAUUUUUUUGCGCUUGUAAUACCUAUGUUUCCAAUUUACACAUUUUAUAACAUAAUUGGCGUUGUGUUUGACUGGUUAGCAGCCUGUGGCUCAUUAUUUUUUAUGGCCAAUAUCAACUCUGUCAUCGUCAUUAGACCACUCUGGCUAAGGCGAUCACAGUUUCUAUAUUUGUAUAAGUCGUCCCUUGGGUAGAGCUGGCAUCUGUGCUAAACAGUCCUCCCCUUCAACAUUGUACUGCAAAUUCUGUUUCGUAACCAUGUUGAUUUUCUCCUGUUGAUUUGAUCGAUGUGUUUGUUUAUUGCUCUUUUCUGCUCCAGUAAAUUGUCUCUACAUCCAGCAGAAGAACGACCUUACAUUCCUAUUAACUCUAUAGAGCCACUGGAAUUUUAUCUGUCUUGUGUUUUUGUGCUGCGCGGAGAGCCUGGC